AUGAACGCCUUGGCUGCCACAAACCCAGUUAUCCCUGUGGCCACACUUUCAUGGUUCGUAUUCACACUGAAAAUCAAAAUCAAGGGGACUUUUACCCUUUUGUUCUACUGGAGAUUUCUGUUCUCCAUGAGUCCCCCUUAG